AUGAAUAGCGAGAAUUCAUUUUUAAAAACUCAAUCAAAUAUUCGAUUCUUAUUUGUGACAGCUAAUACAGGCACAGUAUUUGAAAAGCCCGAAUUAUUAACUGCAUGGGUGACCGAAUUCGCAAAUCUUAUACAUCGUUAUCCAUCCGAUUUUAUUGCAUUACAUUGCCAAGAAAUUGGUGGAAAAGAUUAUGAAAACUAUAUGCAUGUUUUGGAUUUAUUUAUUAAAAGUAUUCUUCAAAUACCUGAAAUUAGUACUGAUUUUACUCGUUAUCGUUUAUAUUUUGAUUCGGAUUAUACAUCUCAGGAUACAUUUACAGCUCUUGGCUCAGCUUACUUUAUUCGUCAGAAUCUAUCUAUACAACAAUGGAAUUUCACAACUUCAUGUUUUGAAUAUGUUACUAAUCGUCAAAUUCAUACUGGUAAUUUGGUUCAUAUUCAAACAGUACGCAAAGAAAAAUUUCCUCGAGAGUUUUUUUCAGAAUCGAAAUGGUCUCGAAAAGGUUUUACACAAACACGUUGGUCAAUAAAUGAUUUUAUUUUUGACAUGGUCAAUGUACAUCUUUUCCAUGAUGCUUCAAAUCUUUUAGCUGUUGAACAGAGUCCUUCUGUAUACAGUACAUUUCGGAAAAAUGCUCUAGAAUCUACUCUACAAAGUUUGUCACUUAAUUCUUCUGAUGCGGAUGUACCAUAUGUUAUAUUUGGUGAUUUUAAUUUUCGACUUGAUUGUCAUCGUUUACUUCAAGAUAUUGUUGAAAAACGAGCUGGUUCAGUUGAUAAAAUAAUAAAAAAAGAUAGUGAUGAACUUUCAAAAAUUAUUAUAAAAAAUACACAAAAUAAACUAAAAUUAACAAUUGGAAAAAAAGAAUUUAAUCUUCAUGAUGAUCAUGAUUCAUUUUUUAGUACUGAUUCUCAACAGUUUCAUAUGUUCGAUUAUGAAUUUUCAUCAUUUGGUGAUCAAUUAUUUGAAUAUGAAAAAAGUUUUCCACCGAGUUAUCCAUACAGUGAAGAACUCGCUGAAGCUCAUUCUUAUUUACGUGUCCGAUGUCCAGCUUGGUGUGAUCGUAUCCUAUUGAGUCAUUCAUUUAAAAAUUUUGUUAACACCGAGAUUAAUCGUCCAAUAUACAAGUCUCUUGGAGACGAUGUGUGUAUGGGUGAUCAUAAGCCAGUCUAUUUGGCAUUAACAACGCAACUGGUACAAGAUUGGUCUACAUCUCCAUCAUCUCUGAUCACUAAUAUAGAUUCGUGUGAAACAUUUAUUACUACAACUAAUAAUAAUAAUAACAAUAAUAAUACUAACGAUCAAGAAAAAUCAUCUGUCACUGUUACGAGAAAAAAUGAUGCAAAUAUAACAUCAGAUUUUAUUUUAAACGAAGUAAAAUUAUCAUCAAACGAUAUCAAUCUUUAUAAUAUUCAUGAUUAUGCUGUAUUUAUUCAACCAACACUUUUACCACAAUGGUGGUUUGCUAAACUUCGACAACGACCUAUGAAAACAAUAACUAAUAGUAGUAAACUCUGGGCAAAAGUACGAGCUGUAGCAUAUAUGACAUCAUUAGGUCAUCGAACUGGUUCAUGGUAUUCAGAUGAUCAAACAGAAAAAUCACCUAUUGAUGAUGUAUCAUUAUCAUCAGAUACAGAUGAUAAAAAUAAUAAUACAAAUAUUGAAUUAAAUGAUUUACAAGAUUAUAACAAACCUGAUAUUGUUAUACCAUUACGUCGAGCAUUUAGUUCAAAUGCUUAUGUAGAACAUGAUGAAAUGUAUUCAACAACAUUAACUCGAAGUCGUUCUACAACACUUCUUAAUUCAUCUAAUCAUUUAUCAGAUUCUCCUUCUAUUGAAUUACCACCACCAUUGCCACCAUCACCCCCACCAUCAUCAUUACCUAAAUCAUCAUCGCUACCAACAUCAUCUUCACGUACAAAUGACAAUAUUCCACAAUUAAAAACUGUAAAAUUUCCUAAUAAUAUAACUCGAUUAAAUUCAUCGGAAAUAAUGAAUAAUAAAUUCCAACCAAUUGAAUCAUCAUUAACAACAAUGAAUCCUUCAAAAAUUGAACAUGAAAAUUUCAAUAACAAAAAAAUGACUUUAGUAUCAACAAUGUCAACAAACAAUAAUGAUGAUCAUCAUCGAACAGUGCUUGCUCGUCACAUAUUUCUUGCAAAUAUAAAACAAACAUUUACUAGAUGGAUACGCGAGACACCGGUGUAG